UGUGAUUGCUCCAUGGCGAAGAAGAGGAGAGCUGAAGAACAGGCUUUGGGGGUCCCGGUCAACAAGAGAAAAUCCCUGCUGAUGAAGCCCCGACACUACAGCCCCAACAUGGACUGCAAAGAAGGUGACAACAGGACCGAAGCAGAGGAGGACGAUGGCCUCUUGGAAACCAACGAUCACCCUACAUCAGAAGAAAUCAUGAUAAAACCUAUGGAUGAGAACCUUCAUUCAACUGCACAAGAAAACUCCAAUGGGAAGGAAGACAGAUAUGGCUGUUAUCAAGAGCUCGUGGUCAAAUCUUUAAUGCACUUGGGGAAAUUUGAAAAAAAUGCAUCUGUUCAGACUAUAAAUGAAAACUUAAAUGACAGCGGCAUCCAGUCUCUAAAAGCAGAGAGUGACGAAGUAGAUGAGUGCUUUAUGAUUCAUUCUGAUGUUGGAAAAGACAAAAUCGAUGAUGUCCAGCUACAGUUCUGCUCCUCUGACGACAAUGAAAGUAACUCUGGAAGUGCAGAAAAUGGUUGGGACAGUGGCUCCAGCUUCUCAGAAGAAACCACACCACACAGAGUCCCAAAGUAUAUUUUAGUGGAAAAUAGAAAAGACCUCCUGGAAGUUCCCGAAAUAAAAACUGAAGGAGACAAGUUUAUCUCUUGUGAAAACGUGUGUGAUUCUGAAACAGAAAGGAGAGCCCCACAGAAUGCUCACAUUUCGGAAGCGCUGGAUGGCAAAGCCCAGCCCUCGUUCCCUGGGGCUGAGGAGGAUGAUACUGAGUGCCUGGCGGGGAUGACGGAAGAGUCUGUUGACCUGCAGAAAGCGAAGGGGAACUUAAGUUUGCUGGAGCGGGCGAUUGCUCUGCAGGCUGAGCGAGGUUGCGUUUUCCAUAACACCUACAAAGAGCUGGACAGGUUUCUGCUGGAGCAUCUAGCAGGGGAAAGGAGGCAAACCAAAGUUCUUGACCUCGGUGGAAGACAAAUCUUUAACAAUAAACAUUCACUGAGGCCUGAAAAGAGAGAAACCAAGUGCCCCAUCCCGGGGUGUGAUGGCACGGGACACGUGACAGGCCUCUACCCCCACCACCGCAGCCUUUCGGGGUGCCCCCACAAAGUGCGGGUUCCCCUGGAAAUCCUUGCCAUGCAUGAAAAUGUGCUCAAGUGUCCCACCCCAGGAUGCACGGGAAGAGGGCAUGUGAACAGCAACCGCAACACCCACAGGAGUCUUUCUGGUUGUCCAAUUGCCGCAGCUGAAAAAUUGGCAAUGUCCCAGGACAAAAAUCAGCUUGAUUCUCCCAAAACCGGGCAGUGUCCUGACCAGGUUCACAGGACAAGUUUGGUGAAGCAAAUUGAAUUCAAUUUCCGAUCACAAGCCAUCACCUCUCCCAGAGCCAUGGCAUCAAAAGAGCAGGAGAAGUUUGGGAAAGUACCAUUUGAUUAUGCCAGUUUCGAUGCCCAGGUUUUUGGUAAACACUCCCUUGUGCAAACAGGUCUAGGACGAAAAACACCACCAUUUCCUGAAUCAAAGCAUUUUUCAAAUCCAGGGAAAUUUCCUAAUCGACUGCCUAGUGCAGGCGCCCACACACAGAGCCCUUGCCAUGCCAGCUCUUACAGCUCCGGUCAACGUAGUGAAGACACCCACAUAGCAGCAGCUGCUGCCAUCCUGAACCUUUCCACCCGCUGCAGGGAAGCCGCAGACCUCCUCUCCAACAAACCGCAGAGUCUGCAUGCCAAGGGAGCCGAGAUAGAAGUGGAUGAAAAUGGCACAUUGGACUUAAGCAUGAAAAAAAACCGGAUCCUGGACAGAGCUGCACCCUUAACGUCCUCUAACACUUCUGUUCCAACUCCUUCCUCUUCCCCCUUCAAAACAAGCAGCAUUCUGGUCAACGCAGCCUUCUAUAAGGCUCUCUGUGAUCAGGAGGGCUGGGAUGCUCCUAUCAACUAUAGCAAAACUCAUGGGAAGACAGAGGAGGAGAAAGAGAAAGAGCCAGUGAGCUCUCUAGAAAAUUUGGAGGAAAAAAAGUUUCCUGGAGAGGCCUCCAUACCAAGUCCUAAACCCAAGCUCCAUGCAAGAGAUCUCAAAAAAGAACUAAUCACCUGUCCAACGCCAGGAUGUGAUGGAAGUGGCCAUGUCACAGGAAACUAUGCAUCCCAUCGCAGUGUUUCUGGAUGUCCUUUAGCAGAUAAGACUCUAAAAUCCCUCAUGGCUGCUAACUCUCAGGAGCUUAAGUGUCCGACCCCGGGUUGUGACGGUUCAGGGCACGUGACUGGAAACUACGCUUCCCACAGAAGCUUGUCCGGCUGCCCUCGUGCCAGGAAAGGUGGUGUCAAAAUGACUCCUACAAAGGAAGAAAAAGAAGACCCUGAACUCAAAUGUCCUGUGAUAGGGUGUGACGGCCAAGGUCACAUAUCAGGUAAAUACACAUCCCACCGCACAGCUUCUGGCUGUCCCCUGGCUGCCAAGAGACAGAAGGAGAAUCCUCUCAAUGGGGCCCCCCUCUCCUGGAAACUGAACAAACAAGAACUACCACACUGUCCCUUGCCAGGCUGCAAUGGGCUGGGCCAUGUAAAUAAUGUUUUUGUCACCCACAGAAGCUUAUCUGGAUGUCCUCUAAAUGCACAAGCCCUCAAAAAGAGCAAGGUCUCAGAAGAGCUAAUGACCAUCAAGCUCAAAGCAACUGGAGGUUUAGAGAGUGAUGAAGAAAUUAGGCAUUUGGAUGAAGAAAUAAAGGAAUUGAACGAAUCCAACCUUAAAAUUGAAGCAGAUAUGAUGAAACUUCAGACGCAGAUCACAUCUAUGGAGAGCAACUUAAAGACGAUAGAGGAGGAGAACAAACUUAUAGAACAGAACAAUGAGAGCCUGCUGAAGGAGCUGGCGGGUCUGAGCCAAGCUCUCAUUUCAAGCCUUGCCGACAUCCAGCUCCCGCAGAUGGGGCCUAUCAGUGAGCAGAAUUUUGAAGCAUAUGUGAAUACACUCACAGACAUGUACAGCAAUCUGGAACGGGACUAUUCCCCGGAAUGCAAAGCUCUGCUGGAAAGUAUCAAACAGGCAGUGAAGGGCAUCCAUGUGUAGGAGUGCAGCGCUGCCGGGCAACCAAAAUCAGCAACAGCAGUGAUACAGACGGAUCUGCCAGGGGCUCCUGUGCUGCUAAGGCACGUAGGUUGCUGUACCGCAUUUACAAUUGCAACAUUGCACUAAUUUUUUUUCCCCCAGCUGACAUAAAAAGAAAGAAAAACUAUGAUAGACUCUGUAGAUUAAAAGCAAUGCAGUCAAAUAUUAGAUCUUAUUUAUUUUCAUAUGUUUUUCUUUUA